CAUUCAACAAUUGCGUCAUUUAUUACGUAGCAAAAAGAUAAGAUUAGUGUGGGAUUUGUUGACGAUUCGUAAUUUAAUGUUUUUUUUUUGUUUGAGUUUCUCAUAAAAUGAUUCAUAAAAGCUGCUAAAACAUAUGUUUUCUGUUUGUUUAUCUUUUAUUUUUCUGUUGAUUUCAUUCAAAGAAGACUCAUCUUUGUGAACAUCGAAUAAAAGUAGAGGCAAAAAAAGCUUGUUGGGAACUAGAGGGUUGUAUUUCGGAGCAAAAGAUUGCUCUCCCGUCGUCAAAUAAUAAUUGUGUAUUCUAAUAAAAGUUAUUCGGAAAAUGGUCUCUCCCACCAUGUACUUGCACAAAAACACAUUAAACAACUACAAAUACUCUGUAAAUGGAGCUGAAGGAAAUAGAGGAGCAAAUAGUAGAAAUAUACGUUCAUCUUUGCUCAGCUCGUUGUCACCAAUCAUUCUAAGCACUGGAUUGGGUCGGUCAGAAGAAAUUGGUGCAGCUAUCGCAACAGCAGGUGAGCAGCCGGCAAAAUAUUCAUUCUACAACCAUCACAAAGAAUACUAUAGCAGCGGCUACGGCAACGGUUCAGUGAACAACACAAUUAACCCAAAGCUUCGAGCUCUACUGAUUUUGGUGGCACUUGUUUUAGUCGGUUAUAAGAUCUAUAUUAUUUCAAUGCCUUACACCAGUCAAGAGAGUCUCUCCAAUAUUGGAACAAUCGCACAAAAAAAACUUGAUGAUACUCUAGAAUGGAUUUCUCAUCCAGAUGUCCAAACUAAAAUCAAUCCCAUUCUCUGUGGGAUAGCAUUUUCCGUGUUUUCGUUUGUUCUUGUUUAUUUAGAUAGUAAUGUGCCUGGAAUAAAUCCACCAUCUCCAUUUUCGCCACGUUCCAAAAUGCUAUAUCGGCGGCAAAAGACUAGUUCCAUUCACCUUGGUUAUUUGACAGCCAUAGCUGGUGGAUUUGUUGUAAGCGCAUUAAUGCUCUUGGAUUUCUAGAAAAAAAUUAAACCAAGAUUGGAUUAACUGAAAAAUGUGCCUUUUUGGUUAUGUAGAUUUAGAUGAAUUUCUUUCACAUAACACAACACACGAAAUAAGUAUUAUAGUACAAAUAACUAUUUAUUUUUUUUUAGAUAACAAAUAAAUAUACGACAGCAACAAACAACUGUUGUAGUUAGUAUGUAU